GGCCUCGGCCUCGUCUCUCCCCGGCCGGCCCCGCCGCCAGCGCCGCCCCCUCCGGCGGAGGUGCGAAAUGGCGGCGGCCGCGGUCAUGGCGGCGCUGCUGCUGCGGCCCCUCGGCCGCCCCUCCGCCCGCUCGCUGCUAGGGCGGGCGGGGGUCGCCACAGGCGGCCCGCGGGGCCGGGGAGGGCUCCGCCGGAGCCAGGUGCUUAGAAAAAGCCCUAAAAGGGGGGUUGCGCUCUCAGCGGGGUCCUUCUUGGUUUAUGAAGCUUCCAAGCUGGUUUCUGGCUUUGCUGAGGUUCAUGCAAGCUUCAAAGUGGCAGAAGUUAUAGAGCAAGCAGACUACCUGUACGGGAGUGGAGAAACUGAAAAGCUGUAUCGGUUGCUGGUUCAGCAUAAAAAUAGUGAGGAUGCAGAGUUACUGUGGCGGCUGGCACGAGCAUCACGAGAUUUAGCUCAACUAAGUAGUACUUCCGCAGAGGAGAAAAGACAACUGGUGUACGAAGCCCUCGAGUAUGCAAAAAAGGCGCUUGAAAAAAAUGAAUCAAAUUUUGCAGCGCACAAGUGGUAUGCCAUUUGUAUCAGUGACGUUGGUGAUUAUGAAGGAAUCAAGGUUAAAAUUGCAAAUGCCUUUGUUAUCAAAGAGCAUUUUCAGAGAGCCAUUGAACUGAAUCCAAAAGAUGCAACAUCAAUUCAUCUUAUGGGCAUUUGGUGUUACUCCUUUGCUGAAAUGCCAUGGUACCAACGAAAAAUAGCUGCAAUGCUAUUUGCAACACCUCCAACUUCCACUUAUCAAGAGGCUCUGCGUUACUUCCACAUGGCAGAGGAAGCUGACCCAAAUUUCUACAGCAAAAAUUUGCUCUUUUUGGGGAAGGCAUAUUUGAAGUUAAACAAUAAAAAGAUGGCUCUUCUGUGGUUAAGCAAAGCAAAGGAUUAUCCUGCACAUACCGAAGAGGACAAACAGGAUCACACCCAGACACCAAAAAAAUCUAGUAUCUUGGUGACUGCCUCUGGAUACAGUGGUCGGAAUGUUCUGUUAAUAAAGAACCGUUCGUUCUUCUUCAAAAUGUUUUUAUGGUGCUAAUAGCCACCCAUUCUUAACUGUGUUGCUCAGGUUAAGGCAGGCACCUGAGCUAAACUCAGUCUGUGUGAGCACAGAGUCACUUUUCAUAGGCCUAAAACUGGACAGUUGGAAACCACAUUUUGGAAGAGCUAAAAAAUACCCCCUUAAUGGAAUCAUGAGCAGGAGGAAGACGAAAAGCAUGGGUGCAUCAAAAACUUGCUAGAUCUGUAAAGCUUGACAGUACAGGGAAAGAUUCAGAGUGCAUUAAUUGAGUCAAAUGGAAGCAAUGUCUCUGACAGCAAAUCUCCAGUGCUAGCAGGCAAUAAAUAGACACUUAAUUACCCUUUUGAACUGCUCAGGAUCCUAGUUUGGACAGGUAGGUAUUGGCUGCCUACUUAUAUAUAUAGUGUGCUUCCAGGAGGGUAGUUCAUUAGCCUUGUGCAGACCGAGUGCUGUAUUCAAUGUAAACCACAGAAACUGCAGAUGUCUUUGGUGAGCAAGUAAUUCUGUUAGCAUCAGGACUAAUUUUUCUUAUGGUUGAUUGACCUAAAAGUUGUUUUGCAUAAAGCUGCAGUGUGAGAUCAUGCUUUAACUGUUACAGAAAACGUGUAAAUGUGCUGUCAUGUUCUGAAUGUCCUAGCUGUAAGAAAUACUUGGGAAGGAUUUUGCAUUUCACACCUCAGAAGAAACACUACUCAAGCUUUUCCUCCUCUGUGGAUUCUCCAGUGAGGUUCAAACUGUUUCUCCCAGAAGGAGUGAGUUCCUUCAGCAAUAUCUUUCAGUAGAAAUGAAUAAAGGUUCUUCCAUUUUUCUGCAGUUUUUAUAGGAGCUCAAUAGCCUAAAGGUGUAGUGGUCUCAGGUCUGUAAUGAAACUGUUCCAUACUUAGCAAUUGCCAAACAAAUUGGUGUCUGGAUGCAGAUGUGAAACCAAUGAUGACAAAAGCUUUCCUGCCUUCAGAAGCCAGACAAAAAGAGCCAGUAGUGGUUUCUGUGCCAUAGCCAACUUGUUAAACUACUCAUCUGCUCAUCUGGUGCAAAGAUCUGUUUCCUGAUCUAUCUCCUAAAACGCUGCACAGCUGCUAAAUUAAGGUUGUAUUCUCUGCAUUCUGUGGGUCGUUGUGUAAAAUGCAAAAAUCACAGGUGUCACAAACGUGGGAACUAGACAGUGUAGUCCAGCAAGAAGAAAAGUGGCCUGGGCAAAGAACUUGGCAUUCUUGUUUCUGUGUAUGACAGAGGUCAGCAUAAGUCAAUAUUCUGUGCUUUUCUCAUCUCUGACUCUCCAUAAUAUCUGGCUUGCAUUGCCUGAAUUGCUUGCUCUGUGAGGGCCAGAGGUUUUUUAUUCUUUAUUUAACACUGAUGUUUGCAAUCAACUUCAAAAUUUAUUAGACUUUACCCAGAGUCCCUAGAUUAAGAUACUUUUCACACUUCUUUAGCUGCCAUUCAGAGUUUGAAAACUCCAGGUUGGUUGGUUGGUUAUGGCCAGGAAUAGGAUAACUCGGUACAUGCUAACACUGUAGCAAAUCAAGAGCUCAUCUGCUGUAUUCAACCCAAAUAAACUUACUGUUAUAAUUAACACAUAUGUUAAUUACACUGAAGGGACUGGGUGAAGACGUUUUAUUACCAUUCAUGUUAAAAAUGCAGAGUAUCUUCAAUAGGGGAAGGAAACUUACUAGUCUUAGGACAGUAACAAAUCUAUAGAACUGUGGUGAAACAUUCAGAUGCUUGCAUGAUAAAUUCUGCUAGAAAAGCCUGUAACUACACUGUAUUGUU